UAUGACACCACACACGUUACGUUCCUUUUGUUCUUUUUACUUUUAAAAGCCCUGAUCGCUUCGAGAAGACAGAUUAGAAGCUUCAAGCAAAUUUAACCGCACAUUUGUGCUGUUUACAACCUGCUUUACUUGCUCACGAAGCUAUGAAGAUGCUUUUCUCCAGAAUCUCAAAUUUACCAUUUUUGGAUGGAACGGACGACAUGUAUACGACAACUAACAAGAGGCACUUUAAAGUAGCAGACACCACCACCGUCGUGUCUAAACGAGAUCUCAUCCUUCAGCCUGUCUCACCAGACUUCCAGCACAGAGACCAGAAUUACCUGGGGAAAAAGCACCAGACAGAGACAGCGCUGUCCUUCCCACCGCGUCCACCAGCUGCUGUCACGCAGCCAAAACUAACCCACCUCACGAUGCUGAGCACCAACUUCAAACUGCAUUCAGACGACAGCUGUGGAGACUUUGAGACCACUCAGUCCGAGUUUAAGCCCCUGCCGAUGUGUACAGCCAAAAUCAUUCGUCCCAUCACUGCAGUCAUGAUAAGCCAGCCUGAGGGAAAAUAUCCUGAACCCACUUACAGGGCUUCCUACAUCAAACAUAAAGUGUCCCGGAUCCCCAGAGCAAAGCAGCCGGCAAAAACAGGUGUCGGAUCAAGUCUAAUCAUGGACAGAAGGGACAGAUACCGUUCCAGUUAUCAUGAGCAGUUCCAGUACAGAUGGUCUCCUCGUCCUCCUCUGUCCAAAGAGAAGCAACAAAUUCAGUGUUCAUCUGUGGCGAUGGGAGAUCAUGAGAAGACACUGGACAAACUAACAAUGUAUUCUACCUCAUUCAGACAAUCGGAUGGCCACAGCUCUGCUGAAUUCAAAGAAUUUCUGCUUCCUAAGAUAAAUAAAUCUCGGCCCAUCAACCUUCGGGAAGUUCCUGACAACAUAUGGACAACAGCCUUAUUUGAAGAUUUUCAUGCAUAUAAAGGAGGCAUUAUUCACCUAGAGCGCAGAUGCCCGACUCUCAGCUCUGUGUUCAAAGGAGAGAUACUGAUGGGCAACAAGGAGAGACCGUCAACAACAAACCAGUGCUUCUUCCCAAAGAUAAAGCGCUCACAGUUCCCAGUGCAUGUGGAUGGAGCCGGUAUUGGGACUUUGAGCAAUGUUAAAUUCGGGAGGCCUGAUCUAGAUGGAAGGACAACACAGGAGCAGUUCCCAUCAAAAGAGUUGGUCCGUCCCAAGCCUCCGAUCUACCCGCCUAGCCAUGUGCUGUGUGAGCAAGAGCCAGAUCGGAUGCUUGCAACCAUGCAAAAAGAUUUUGUCCCCCUGAACUCUAAAAGACAGAAAAUGAGCCCUAGCCAGCUUCAGCAGGUUAAAGACAGCUGUAUCAGGCCCUGGCACAGUGAACAUGACUUCAGGACAACCCACAACAAAGUGAUUGUUCCCAAACCCUACUGCAAGGCAUUCCUGGAAAAGCCACUUCUUCAACACAUCAGCCAUAUGCCGUUUUGAGUUGAAAAAUGUCCAAAUCACAAAAAAGCUCUCUACUCUAAACAAAUGUCAUUUUCUGGCUGAAAGCCUUCUUUAGUGUGUUGUUCAUGCAUAAUCAACUCAACUCCAAAAUCCAACUCAACUCUACCAUACAGUAAUAACAAAUAGGAACAAUUACUAUUUCUAAUUAUUUUAUGAUGGAUUUGAUAUUGUUGAUAACGUUAAAUGACAAAUAUGCAUAGACUGGCUUAAAAAGGACGCACGUUUGUUUAGAGUGCAGACCUUUUUUGUGUUUGACUUUUUGACUUCUUGACUGAAAUAUUAAAAAAGCAUGGAUGUUUCAAAGCAUUGCGUAUAUGUAUGUCCUGUCAAAUUCAUGUCAUGUUGGAAGUCCAGAAUUUGGCACACAGCGUCAUUACCUCUAUAACCACGAGUGUGAAAAGUUUUUAUCAGCAUAAAAGAGGCUUUGAGGCGUGUUAUGACAACAGAACACGUCCUAUUUACAGAUCAAAAGUGUGUGUGGGGAAAUUCAAGGUUAAAUGGCGAUCUGGAGCUCACAGUGGUAAUGACUACAAGAAGUGUGUCAGAAGGCACUGAUAGGCAUAUAGACCAAUGCAUGUGCAAAAUAUCAUAGAACAGUGGCAGAGGUUUUCCAGUUAAACGUGCUGCUGUCUGCCAGUGAAGAGCCUCCAUGCAGGUCUGUGUUUGUGCAGGGAAAGUGGCAUGAUCCUCUGCACAGUAUUUAACCAGAGCCUGUGUGUUAUCAGAUCAUCUGUCGAGGUAAUGGUGCCACGUCUAACUGGGAUCUCGCUUUCUCA